AUGAAUCAAUCAUCAAGACUGAAGAAUAUCUUGAAUGAAAGAACUGAUCUAUGGGACGAUGAAACUGACAGUGAGACGUCUUCAAUUGAUCGAACGGAAGUCUCUGUGAAUAGUUCCGGUUUAUCAAUUUUACCCAAUUUAUCAAAUGUAAAUACAUGUCGAAAACAUUUAGCUUCUUUAACUGCAACGGUGUCAUCCCCACAAGUUAUUUAUAUGAUGCCUCCAGCGAUAGAUAAUCGUUCGACAUCGCAUUGCCAUUGCCGGUCGAAAUCGAAACGCCAUUGUCGAUCUAGUUCGUCAUCAUCAUCUGAUCAAUCUCGACGGCAUCGAAGAAAACGUAUACUGACAAUCUUAUCUUCAGAUAGCAGUAGCGAUAGUAGUCAAGAUGAUGCUUUCUUUUCGCCGGGUGCGUCUUCUCAAAUGAUAACAACUAAUCAACAGCAUCGAUCCGAUCAUUCACAAGGUCAAUUGUCACCUUCGCUGCCUCCAUCAACUAAUAUCGAUUCGAGAACGAACAGCAAUAUUAAAAAUCAUCAGGAACUUGUGUUCACUUCAUUUCUACAGCGAAAACGUCAAGAAAAUAACGAAGAAAUAGAAUCAAUGUUAAAGGACACACAGUCCAAGCAACAUUCCAAUGUUAAUUCCUGCAAUAUUGUCGAAACAACCUUUGAUUCACAUAUUUGCUCUGAAACUAUUUCUGAUCGCCCAAUCAUUCACGUUAAAGAUGACGACGAAGAAUACGAUAGUACCACCGAAAAGCUCAUUUCGAUGAACAUGACACAACUGACAGAAGAAAUGAUCAAUCGUGAGUACCCUCAACCGAAAAUAUACCUCGAACGUAUUUAUCUUGACGACAGUAUUCCGAUAUACGAUUCAAGUUGA